GGCAACAUCGCAUUAGGUCAAAAAAACGUGCCUACUGCUGUCAUUUGUGAAACUCAUUCUAACCUUAGUUUUAUUAACGUUUACUGCGAAAAAUGGAGAAGGCAAAAAACCAUAGUAUAAAUUAUAAUCAAAAGAAAAUGCUGAUUGAAUAUUUAAAAAAACAUCCACAACUUGUAAGCGGGAAGUUCACAUCCACAUUUACGUAUAAGAAUGCAGAAUCACAGUGGCAAGAAAUAAGUAAUAUUUUGAACAGUAUUCCUGGAGGAUCAACGAAGAAUUGGAAAAGCUGGCGCAAGACAUGGCAGGACUUGCGGUCACGCACCAAAAUAAAAGUCAGUGCAAAUAGGAGACAUAUUAAUGGUACCGGGGGUGGCCCAUAUACUGAAGAUCCGUUAUCAACAGUAGAGGAUGAUAUAGUUGAUAUCAUAAAAAUUGUAUCGAUAGAAGGUCAUACUGAAGUGGCAGAGUCGGAAGUGCAGAUAGCUCUUCAGCCAGUUACACCGGUUCAGACGGAAAACUUUACACCUGACAAUAAUAUUCCAGUUCAGACGGAAAACUUAGUAGAUGAUAACGAUACUCUACAGCACCAAAUACGUGAAACGAGUCCAAGCUGCAGCGCAUCAGAUAAUAAUGUAACAAUUGCGACUAAUCGUUCAAAGAAAACCAAAUUAGACAUGCCUAAGGUACAGCGCAGAAAGCUGCCAAAUACGCUUGAAGCUGUUAAAAAUUAUAAAACGUAUUUAGAAGAAAAGAACAAAGAAAAGUCUCGUUAUUAUAAAGAAAAACUUGCAGUUUUACAACAGCUUGCCACAGCGAAAGAAAAAUCAGCCGACAGUAAAGCAAUUGUUGCCGAGUCCUUAACACAAAUCGCGGGGUUGUUUGAAACUUUUUGUGAUAAUAUAAUAGACAAGUGAUUGGUUUGUG